AUGGCAUCUUUCGAGCCCUUUCGCGUGGUUGGAAGCAUCUGUGGCAGUGUUCCCAUUAGCUGUACGAUGCUCUAUGGCACACCAGUCAUGAUGGUAGCAGCCGGUAGGACCUUUAAUCUUUUCAAAGGUAAAGAGCUGCUGAUGAUUCGUGGUGGGCCAAUCCUUCAGGAACCUUUGCGAGCUGUCGCUCAGAGUGGGAAGUAUCGCUUUGCCGCAGAGGGCCCGCGGGUACACGCAUGGGUCCAUCACAAGUUGCUUUGGACAGUAGUUCACCAAGAUCUGACGCUCCCAAGCGUCAUACAUCUCCUGGCACAGGAUGAUCUGCUUUUCUGUCUCGGUGACGACAAGCGUAUUGCAGUGCGAGUGAUAAAGACAGGAUGCCUUAUACAGGAAAUUCUUAUCGGGAACAACGAGGACGCCACCACAAUGGCAUUACUCCCUGGUUACACCAACAAGCUUCUCGUGGCUACCGUGCAAGGGUCCUUGCAUAUUUAUAACUACAAAACUGCUAUGAGUGUGUGGUACACUCGUGCAGAGGCGUCUCAUCUUGACACCUAUGCACCCAUUCUUUCCCUGGCCUGCAGUUUCCAUAAGGAUAUUAUUGCAUAUGGCACAAGUGAUGGUAAAGUUGUGGUAUUCAAUGUGGGCUCUGGGGAAAGCAUCACAACAUUUAGGCAUAAACAGGGUGCCGUUACAGCCUUGGCCUUUAGAGCGGAUAGGGAUCAUCUUUUAAUGUCUGGCACAGGCUUGGGAGAGAUUAUUAUAUGGGACUUAAAGAACCGUUGUAUGGACGGUGCUCUGACGCGAACAAGGCAGGUGCGAAGCGAUAUCGAGGUGCUGGAGACACCACACUUGGCUGCGGUACACUCCUUGAUUACUUUCCUACAGCCUGCAGACGUAACGUUCGUGGUGACAGGCGGCGCUGACAAUGCUCUGAUGGAAUUUCGUUUUGACACCGUGGACGGCCUAGGAUUGUUUGUCCGGGAGCGCCGCGGCCACAUGGGCAGCUGCACAGCUGCGGCUUUCUACAACAAGGACUUGCUGAUUACAGCCGGUUAUGACCGUGCAGUGCGCAUAACACAUUUGUUUUCGGACCGCGCCUCGUGGGAACUGUCGCAAGGAAAGCUGGGAAAGAAAGGCCAAGAGAAGCAUCUGGGACGUGAGGAGCUAAAAGUUUCACCUGCCAUUGCCAUUGCAUCGUGUUCAGCACGCAACUAUCAGUGGGCUAGUGCGGUGACACUACAUCAAGGUUCUGCUCAAAUGUGUGGUUGGCGUAUAGACACCCGUGCUUUGGAAUUUAAACUAUCAGGCAUUCAAGCAGCCGAUCACACGGCACGUGCGGUGGCUAUGUCUGAAUGCGGUAACUUCGCCGUGGUGGGCUACUCCAGUGGUAACGCUGUGGUGAUGAACAUCCAAAAUCGAGGUCUUCGCCAACUCUUCGAUCCUGCUCUAGAUGGUAAUCGAAGUCAUGACAAUAGCGUAGAGUGUGUCGAGGUGGCAUGCAAUAACACCACCAUUAUUACAGCUGGAUUGGAUGGGGUUUUCAAGUUGUGGUUCCUUUCGAAUGGUGAACUUCGACAGUCCGUGUCGACUGGGCAGGCAAUGACGAAGUCGUGCGUGCAUCAGGACUCAUCAUUGUUUAUUGUGGCACAGCACUAUACAAUUUCUGUGUAUCAUUGCAAUCCAGAGCUUGUCGUGGGACACACGGCGCUGCACAUUCCGGUGCGGACACUAGUGGGUCACACAAGCCCAAUUACUGCAAUGGCUCUUGCACCGGAUUCGUUCCGCUACGUUGUUUCCGCAUCUGGGGAUGGCAUGUUGCUUGUGUGGGACCUUGCAGCUGCAGCAUGCGUUGGUCAAUAUCGUUUGAGCUCACCUGCAGUAUCUAUCAGUUUCCAUCCAGACGCCCUUUUUCUUGCAACCACACACACUGGUGAAUGUGGCACUUUCCUGUGGGUAAACAAUUUGCGCUAUGGAUACGUUCCCGAAGUUAUUCUUAAUCCAAAUGAAAAAAAACUAGACCAACUCCCGUGGAUGCACUUUCCUAUCACGCAGGAUCCUAAUGAGCGCUACUUACAUGGCGAGUAUAACGAGCACACGCAAAGGGGAGAGGUUGUAAAUAAUCAACACGAAAUUGACAAAAGGGCCAACCCAUGUGCUGAGGUUAAGUAUUUUGAUCUUCCACCUGACCUUACCCCAAUGCAGCGGAAGGUGAAUCAUAGGAGAUGGGAAGCCUCAGAUCACAUCCAAACAAGGGGCUUACGUCUCUCUGGCGUUCCUCGUCGCAUAUGGUACAACCUGACCGUGUUGGAUCUGAUUAAAGAAAAGAAUCACCCCAUUCUCCCACCGAAGAAAAAAGAUGUCCCUUUUUUUCUUCCAACCGUGCAAGAAUUACGGCCGACUUUCGUUCUAGUUGCCUCCAAUCAUGACCCUUUGACUAAUACAGAAGUGUCUGCUGUUGAUGAACAAAAGCCACAAAUGGUAAGAGCGAAUAUCCAUUCACUCAACGAAGUUCAGGGAAUGUUAGUACAUGGCGAGUUUGAUAAGCUCAUGCACUGCUUUUUAGGAAAAAAUAGCACUCAAGACAUUGAUAUUGAUAUCCAGCAAGCGAUAGGUUUUGCUGACGGUAUUGAUUAUGGACCAUAUGAAUUGAACAAUAUGAAACAAUGUCUACGAGGUCUUCUGAGAUUUUUUGCAAUUUGGAUUCAUCAGGGCGAAAACAUCGAAUUAAUUCAGGGCAUCUUGGCAAACGUACUCAGAUUUCAUCCCACAAUUCUAACACGAUUCAGUGAAGAAUUGGCGUCAGAAAUAUUAGUUUUGGCGAAAGAACAAAAUGACCUGCGUUAUAAAAUAGGCCACUUAGUAUCAUAUCCUAGCUGUCUGGCCGGAACAUUUACAGGCUCAUUUUUUUAA